AGGACGGAACGAAAAGAUACGUUCGGCUCGCAACAUGGCGGCUCAGCAGGCGUUCUUGUGUCAACCUUCGGAGGAAACCCCUUAUGUCUCUGCCUCAAAGGGUGGUGGUUCAAAGGCUCGCGUGGCAUUCAACGAGCUUUUAAUAGCUGAAGUUUUUAAGAGGCGCGAAAUAUGGGACGCCAGUUCGCCAGACUACCGGAACAGCCUCGUGAGGUCGGAACACUGGAAGGCUAUAGCAACGGUGCUGGGAUCAAAAGUCCAGGACGUAGAAAGCAGAUGGCGUAAUCUCAAAGACACCUACGCCAAAAAACUCCGCGACAUAUCGAAGCUGGAAAGAAGUGGAGCGGCUGCACCACGAAAGGAGGUCCGCUGGAUGUACUUCGAGCAGCUGAAAUUUCUAAAAGAUACCCUGCAGAUGCGACCCACAUCAAGCAGCAUAUCACUAGAUGCUCAAGAAGACUGCACACAAGGCAGUGCCGCUGAAGAGGACACGCCACUAGUUCUGCAGUGGAACAUCAUUGACGAAACCGGCUCCCCAUCCACUCCUGGCGAUCUGGUGCUUUCAACGACUUCCGCAGCUCUUUCCGACCCAUCACAUGUUGUUGAGGAAGUGCCAUUGGAAGUGCUGCAUGUGCCAUUGCAAGCAAGACUCAAAAUGCAUACCAAAGCUAUUCCUUGCCACAACGUGGUCGAUUGUCAAGUUCAUAUCUUACAGGUCAUGAAGGCCUACUCUCGGGGCGUCGUGCCUAAGGUCCUCUGGGACCUCCAGAUUAACUCAUGUGGAGGUCGAACCGUCGAGCCCACCUUAAGUGAAGACUAA